AUGGUUUCAAAAUCUAUCUUCACCACCCUUUCACUCGCUGCCGUUGCUUUAGCUGAACCAAUUUACAGUAACUCUUCUGUAAUCCACACUCAAAUUGUUGUCACUGAUUACACCACGUACUGUCCAGAAGCAACCACACUUACCAUUACCACCUGUUCUGAUAAUCGUUGUCUUCCAACGAGAAUUACCGUUACUGAACCAACCACUGUGACAAUUACUGAUGAAGUUUUAUGUUCCACCACUUCACCAAUUCAACCACCACAAAGUUCAACUAAUCACGAAACAGGUUCAAUUAUUACCGGUGAGGAUACAAACACCCAUAAGGGUACUGAGUCAACCGUGUAUGUUCCAAGUACCACUGUUGUCACAAUUACCACUUGCAGCAACCACAAGUGCCAUCCAACUGAGGUUACUGUUACUACCUCAGCCACGUUGACCAGUGUUCCUGUUACUACACCAACCACUUCCUCAACCACUACACCAGCUACCACACCAGCUACCACACCAGCUACCACACCAGCUACCACACCAGCUACCACACCAGCUACCACACCAGCUACCACACCAGCUACCACACCAGCUACCACACCAGCUACCACACCAGCUACCACACCAGCUACCACACCAGCUACCACACCAGCUACCACACCAGCUACCACACCAGCUACCACACCAGCUACCACACCAGCUACCACACCAGCUACCACACCAGCUACCACACCAGCUACCACACCAGCUACCACACCAGCUACUACCCCAGCUACUACCAACACUCCAGGUGUGACUGUUAUCCCAGACGUUACUGUGUUCCCCAACGUCACGCCAACUGGAACCCACACUGACGAAGGUCCUGUUUUCUUGUCAAUUGACGAAGACACUCCAAGCACAGUCGCAGCAGCUUCCACUACUCCUGCAAGCAAUGCGCCAGCACCACAAGCUCUUGUUGAAUCCGAUUCGUCAUCAGCAUCAUCUUCGCCAACCGCCGUGUCACCAAGUAUUGCUCCUCUUGCUGAAGGUGCUGCUGCUUCUCACAAGGUUAGUUCUUUCAUGUUUGGGGCUGUUGCCAUCGCUGUUGGUUUGUUUUAA